GAAUGUGGAGAAGCAACCGGAUGUAUCUAAUGAAGACAUCCGGCAGCAGCAGAGAGGUCGUUUAGCAUUCGAGCUAACAUCAUUAAACAGUGAAACCUUUAUAUUUUAACAAUUAAUUCAUAUUGUUAUUGGAAAACACCAAAGAACAGACAUGAUUAAAGCUAUCUUGAUAUUUAACAACCACGGGAAGCCGCGGCUGAUCCGGUUCUAUCAGUACUUUGCGGAGGACAUGCAGCAGCAGAUCAUUCGGGAGACUUUUCAUUUGGUAUCUAAAAGAGACGACAACGUCUGCAACUUCUUGGAGGGUGGAAGUCUCAUCGGUGGCUCCGACUACAAGCUGAUUUACCGACACUACGCGACCCUCUACUUUGUCUUCUGCGUGGACUCGUCUGAGAGUGAGCUCGGCAUCCUGGACCUGAUCCAGGUGUUCGUGGAAACGCUGGAUAAAUGCUUUGAGAACGUCUGUGAACUGGACCUCAUAUUCCACAUGGACAAGGUUCAUUACAUUUUGCAGGAGGUGGUGAUGGGAGGCAUGGUGCUGGAGACCAACAUGAAUGAGAUCGUAGCCCAGGUUGAAGUGCAGACCCGCAUGGAGAAGUCAGAGGGAGGUCUCUCGGCGGCCCCCGCUCGCGCCGUCUCUGCCGUGAAGAACAUGAACCUGCCCGAGAUGCCCCGCAACAUCAACAUCGGAGACAUCAAUAUCAAAGUGCCGAGCCUCUCCCCGUUCUGAAACAUGUUCCAGCUGAGCUCUGCGGGGCCGAUGUACUACUGAUGCAGAUCCUCUUCCACCCAGAGAAAAACAGUUUUAUAUGUGUAUUAUUAUUAUCAUGGAACCACAGCAGCUUAUUCUCUCCCCCUUCAUUCCUCUCUUCUCACGUGAACGGGAGAUAAGCAGCGGAUUAAUGUUGAGUUCUACUGUACGCAAGUUACAGUUUGCUCCAGUUGAAGGAUUUGCACAAUAAUGUAAAGUUUGAUUCUAUAAAGCAUUAAGAGGAAUAUUAAUAUCUGUGUAUUUUCUGCUAUCCUUUCUGUGUUUUUUAUUUUUUUAUUUCUCCAGUUGAUACUCUCCCCAAAAAGAAAAAUGAACUGUGUUGGCCCAGUGCCUAUUUUCCUGCACAACUCUUCCAAAUCUCUGACAUUCAUCAACGGUCGCCGCUUCCAAGGUUUGAAAACUUUCCCUCUGUCUGGAGCGAGCUUUUUGGACUCGGCACAGUUCACUGUAAUGAGAUCUUUUGGCUUCAGCGUUUGGUUAUAAUUACUGAAUCACCACUUUAUCUCCUGUUCCAAGUGUGCGUUCAUACAAACCCGGAUUACGCUCCUCUGCUUGGCUCUUGUCACAGUUUAUUUUCCUUUCUCUGUAAUAUAUUGUGUCUCCGACAUCCUCAUGAUUUGUGAAUAAUGUUAUUGCUCUCCUGGGUGCAGAUUGCGCUCAGUGCUGCAAAUGUAAAUGCUGUUUAGUUCUAGACAACUUUUAAUGUGCUGUGGUAGGAUCUUGCCAACAUCUGCUCAGAGAGGCAACAGACCAACUUUGGCUUUUUUUUUUGUAUUGUUAAGUGUUUGUAUAAAGUGUCUUAUUGGCUGUAUUUAGUGGUCAGAAUCAGUUCAUUUAAGCCAUACUCUGGUAGAGUGUCACUGUUAAUUCCUGUCAAGCCUGUCAAACCUGUCAGGGAAGGUUAAAUGUGUCUGUGUCAAAGACAUUCCUUGCCAUGGUGAACUAAAUAAAUCAAAAUACAAAUGCU